UGCUUUGAGUUAGAUAAUUUGGAUUUGUAUAAUUUUGAGCAAUACAGAGCAAUCUAAAUAAUUCCAAUAGAAAUUCUAACCAAUUACUAACUAAAAUUUAUCAGAAAAAAAAUCUUUUUCCCAGCUAAGGAAUGUGAAGAGCCUGUGAUUGAUCCUAAUGCUAUCCAUGAUUACAAUCAUGAAAAUAUACUUGGAGAAAAUUUCGCUACUUCCUGUAAGUCAGGGUUUACAAUGAUAACAAGUGUGACCGAGGAAAAAAAACUCUAUUGGAACACGGGGAAAAAACAAUGGGAAGAAAGUGUUUCAUACACUAUUGAAAGCCAAUAACUCCGCUGAAUGUAAAUAUAUAGAUGGGAAAUAUACUUGGGUUUACAAAACUCAACCUUAUCAGCAAUGCACAGCAUUCUGCACAGAGACCUACUCUUCUUCUCUGACAAAUGGAUAUAGUUCUGCCAAACUCAAAUGGAACAACAACACCAUUGGACAAGUUAUUACUUACAGAUGUAGCACCGGACAUGUUUUUAAGGACAACAGAACUUAUGAUGAAGUAGAUGUUGAAUUAACAGAGGACGAAGCGGUGAAUAAGAGAUCUAUUGAGUGCCAGUUGACUGAGGAAAAUGGUGGUCAGUGGACAGGAAAUUGGUCAAUUCGAAACAUUUGUUAUCCUGUUAACUGUACCAAUGAACCUCCCCUUCCAGUUGGAAACAUGACAUAUGACUGGGAUGGAGUUUCACGAAAGUAUAAAACAAAAAUAAGUUACCAAUGUCCAGAUGGUCAUGCAUUUUGGAAUAACACAGAAAAACAAUUCCAAUCUUUCUCAAUACAUUGUACUUCAAAAGGAGAAUGGAACUACCAAAGUCUGCCAAUGACCUGUCAAUGGAAUGUAUGCACAAACAUUCCUAUACCUCCAGAAGAAACUAAUCUUGUCCUCAGUAGCAGUACACAAACGCAGGCUGGUCAGGUUAAGAUUGGAAACUCAAUCAGAUACACUUGUCAAACAGACCCAAUAGAUGGGGCUAAGUAUAUCAAUGCUUUUGAGGAUGAUAAAGAUCAAGAUUCAAUAGAAGUAAAAUGUGAAUGGAAUAACAUUUGGAGUAAUGUAACUUGGCCAAAAUGUGUAGCAAUAUCAGAAUGUCCCAAGAAAGAUGAAAUUAAAAUACCAGAUGAUAUGAAUGUUAAAUUCACAAAAGAUAGAGUUUUCUAUGAGGAUGACAUAUGGAUUGAGUGUAGAGAUAUCAGAUACAAAAUAAGGCUAAGAAAUGAAGAUGAAACAGAGCUAAAAAUACAAUCAAUAUGUCUGUGGGACACAAGAUACAGUGUGUAUCCCCAGGACUUAGAGUGUGUUCUUGAGUACUGCACUAACUCCACCUUACAUGUCAAUGAUCUCUAUAAUUAUGAUUAUCAGGGUUCAGAGAAUGAUUUGGUUAGACUAGGUGAGAGCAUUGUUUAUCCUUGCAGAGGAAGUAUGCGAUUAGAAAAUAGUACAAGGACCAAACUUGAGGCUGAUCAGGAGAUAUCUGUUAAAUGUGGAGAAGAUGGAUAUUUUCAAUACCCAGAGCCAUGGCCCCAGUGUUUAGAACAUAUCAGUUGUGGAGAUUUUCCUGAAAUACCUGAAGAUAUGAUCGCAGAAUCUAUAAAUGAUACAAUUGCCUAUGAUGACAACAUAUGGAUUGGAUGUAAAGAUAGAAGAUACAAAAUAAGGAAAAUAGAUGACACAGACACAGAGUGGAAAAUAAAAUCAAGAUGCCAGUGGGAUAAAAAAUACAGUGUGUAUCCCCAGGAUCUGGAGUGUAUUCUAGAGUUCUGUACAAACUCCACCUUACAUGUCAAUGAUCUUUAUAAUUAUGAUUAUCAGGGUUCAGAGAAUGAUUUGGUUAGACUAGGUGAGAAUAUUGUUUAUCCUUGCAGAGGAAGUAUGCGAAUUGAAAAUAGUACAAGGACCAAACUUGAAGCUGAUCAGGAGAUAUCUGUUAAAUGUGGAGAAGAUGGAUAUUUUCAAUACCCAGAGCAGUGGCCGCAGUGUUCAGAUGAUGUAUACUGUGGAGAUCCUCCUUUUGCCCCAAAUUUUUGUUAUCAGGUCUGGAUGAUAGGGCAUGCAGAAAGUGAGAACUACACAACUGAAAUAUAUUAUCGGUGUACUAAUGGGUCCCAUUUUGAUACUGAUUAUGAUGGUGUUGGAGACACAUGGAGUCUGAUGAUAACCUGUCUUUGGAGUAAAGAAUGGGAUCCCUGGAGUGUACUUCCUCCUUGUGUCAUCACACAUUGUGUUGAACCUUUCAGAUAUGAAUGUGGAGCUGCUAGACAGUUUAAGGACAAAGAUGGAAUUCAUCAAGUCAGCCAUAUAAUGACAUGCUUAUGGGAUAGGAACUGGACUAAUACUAAUGUAUUGAAUGAAUGUGAUUGGGUCCAAUCUGCCCUGCUGCACCAGAGAUACCUUAUGAGGCCAGAGUACAAUAUAUACCCCAAAUAUUUGAAGUUGAGAACAAACAAACAUGCUCUGUUGACGGAACUGUAA